AUGUUUGAACCCCUGGCAGGCCAUUCGACGGCUGUACUGGAGAGAACGGUGGCUAGAUGGUCCCAGCACCUCUACCAAUCGAUCAGUUCACUUCGUGAAGUCAUAGGCACAGAGCAGCUUAAUAAGAUGUACAAAAACAGCUCGUUCGGUGUUCAAGAGAUGACGGACUCGUACGCCAGAGGACUACUCGAUGAGGCCAUAGUGGAAUUGACCCAAAUUAUUCGCAAAAAAGAAAAAGCUCUUGAGAAGCUACGCGAUAACAUUGAAGAGGAAUACAAGAAGCAGGAUCCGCUUGAAUACGAUGAGUGCUACAUUCGUGCCAAAGCAGUCAGCCUCUUCCCAUAUCCAACAGACGAGAACGGAACAAACGCGGUCCCAUGCAACGAAUCCCAGUAUCUUCCAAUGGAAGCGGAUUCCAUGUUCGGUCACUACUAUGUUAGCCGAAACAUCUCAGCGGCGCACAUUCCUACCAACGUCUACGAUCUCUCGAAAGAAAUUCGAACGGUUGGGAACUGGACCCAUCACUUAGACGACGUGUUUAAAGAAAAUAUUCAGCAGGAUCCUCUGUUGAAAUGGCAGUACUUCUGCAGUUCAACCGGGUACUUCAAAUUCUACCCAGGUGCAAUGUGGAAGGUACAGCUGGUGGACUUGAAACUGGACUUUUUCGACUGCCGUUCAACGGCCUGGUACGUUGGUGCCGCCUCGUAUCCAAUCGAAAUGAUCAUUCUGGCCGAUAAGAGCGGAAGUAUGAAGGGUCGACGGAACACCAUCUGUAAUGCAACCAUCUCAGAGCUGCUCAACACCCUCACCGACGAUGACUUCUUUAAUGUGAUCUACUUUUCUGAAUCAAUAAAGUUUGCUGAAGAAUACGUGACAGAUCGCCUGAUUCAAGCCACCACACCCAAUAAAGAUCGAAUCGUCCGUGGAUUCGCCGACCACAUGCCAAAUGGAACGUCAAACUUCAGGGCAGCAUUAACCGCGGCCUUUUCACUCCUCAAUAUUUCAAGAAAUGGAACUGGAAUAAAUCGUUGUAAUAAAAUGAUAAUGCUCAUUACCGAUGGAAUUCCGGACAGCUUUGAAGACUUGUUUAAGGAAUAUAAUCCCGAGAAAAGUGUUCGGGUAUUCACCUUUCUCAUUGGACAACAUUCCGCUGACGAAAACAUUGUUCGAAAAAUCACCUGUGCCAAUCGUGGCAUGGAUGCAAACAUUGCCAAUCUUGCCGACGUGAAGGAGAACGUACUGAAGUACCUCGAUAUUGUGGCCAGAUCAAAUGCCGUUUUGGACGACUCCUUCGUGCGUUGGAGUGGAGUGACCGAACUCCAGAUCAAUUUAAUGGAACUCACUCCGGAAAACUUUACCCGUCCUCCUGAAGACGCCUUGAAUGCAACGCUCCCAGAAAACAGAACCGUGGUUGAAGAAGGGAUUCAAGAGGACUCACCGGAAGCAAGCGAGGAGACUCCACCUCUUGUGAAGUUUCACAAACCAAAGAACUCCCAAUUCUUCAUUACUCUGUCAAGAGCCGCAUACGACAAAACCAACGCAACCGUUGAAAAUAAUCUCGGAAUUCUCCUGGGCGUUACCGGACUCGAUAUUCCCAUGGAGGAUCUGGAAGAUGUUCUCAGAAGUUGGAAGACUGGACCCCUCUCGUACUUCUUCGGCUUGAAUAACAACGGAUUCGUGCUAUUCCACCCAAAUUAUCGUCCAUUGCACGGCACCCAGUUAAAACGGUACUAUAGAAAUGUCGACAUAGACGAGUUGGAACAGUCGCUUGGGUCUACACUUAAUCCACACACUGCGCUUCCAGUUUACAACUCUACGUUGAGAAAAUUGCUGAUUGAUCGAGCCACCGCGUCGACAGUUGAAACAACACUGGAAACCCCGGAAGACUUUCUGUCGGGUUUGCCGUUGACAAAGAAAAUUUACACGGCUCCUCUGCCAGAAACGCCGUUUGUGUUUGGUUUAGCUGUUCGAUGGAUGCCGAACACCAAUCGCGGCGUCCCGAUCCCUAAAUACGACACUGGAGGAUUUUGGCGUCAAGGUGGUGUGCGUGCUGCUGACACGAGGGUAUUGAACCCUCAAUUUAUGGAUCCAGCCAGGUCCUGUGACGUUGACGAGACCUUACCUUAUGGCGCGAAGCUAGCCCCAGUGCGUUUCUGCAAGUUUCGACGCCAGCUCUUGGACGUAUUCAUUGACCAACCGCUGUGUGCCUUGAGGAAUGUCGCAAUCGACAAACAACUACGAGAAGAAAAUGAAUGUGACCUGGACCACAUUGCUAGGAUCGCCCUGGACUCGAGAGCGACGACAAAAAUUUAUGAUUACUGGCGUCGAAUGGGGAGCCACCAAACUACUAGAAGAUUUGGCAUUCAGCAGGUAUUCAGUUUGCACCAAUCAGGUCUGCUGCGUUACUACAACUUCUCACAACCAACAUACAACGAAUUUCUGGAUGAGAUCAAUAUGGGCUCCGAAAGCGCACUCUACAAAUCGGCAGUGCUUCACUCGACGUUCUACGAGAAUAUGAAAAUGCUGGUGUUCAGGCCACCACCCAAGCAAAUCUUCAGAAACUUCCUCGAGGAAAAUGUGUCGGUUCCCAUGGCGGUUGUGUCCGUGAUCAGCAAUCCCGCGUCAGAAGCUGUUCCUAUGGGGAUCGCUGGUGCCCAAAUCAACUACCGGAAGUUCCAGGAAGAGUUCUUCGACUUAGUAAAUACCUGCAGCGAAGCCGGAUGCCUCAAAUGCAAUGAUUCUGGUGUCCAGUGUUUUCUAACGACCACCGCAGGACAAAUAAUCCUUUCUACUGCUGGCGAGAAAGCGGUCAGUCAGAACGUUAAGGAGAUUGACUGUGCUCUGAUGGAGGCUCUUGUUGACGCUGGAAUUAUAAGAGAACAAGAAGUGUAUGACUUCCACGCCAUUUGUAUAGAUGCUGUUACUCCUGACAUGAAUUUCGGUUCAAGGCUAUUUUCGCCGAUCGCGUUCCUCUUCACGUUAAUUGGCCGCGCCAUGAAGGAAUUUAUCACUGCAGUGUCUACUUGGUGGCUUUUGGGAUCAAGUGCUGCUGGCCAAGGUGCUUGGGACUCAUUACCACCGUUGAGUACUUCAAAGACCACCCCCGAGAGCUCGCCCUUUGGAUUUCACGACGGCGCUGAUCAGUUUGUCUACCCACAUCACGGGGAGGUUGAUUUUAGUCUUCCUGGCGGUGCGCCGUCAAUUGAUGAUCCGUUUUACCGUGACUACGAGGUGCUCAAGCCUUUCGAGUCUCCUCACAUUCCACCCACUCCACCACCUACCAGUACACCGCCUCAAACGUCUGCCGCACCACCGACUUGCGAUCAAACAGACCAAACACUCCCGGAUCUACCUCUUUUCUUUGAAACUGCGCAAUUCUAUUCUCAGAAAAACUACAUUUUUGAAGAUCCUGACGAUCCUUGGCUUAUGCAGCAACAAGCUUUCGCGGAAUUGGACAUGUGUUACGCCAACGAGCCUACUUUAAAUCCACCACCGCCACCACCUGUCUCCACCAUAGCCAUCAACGCCUCCACAAACGCGACGCUGGAAGUUAUCGACAUCACGAAAGCAAUGACUACAGGUGAGCCGAUCCAGCUGCUCUCGGGUAACAUCACACUGGUGAAUGCCACAAUCGCGCGGAACACCACGGAGCCACAGACGUCUCCGCGCAAAAUCAACACGGUGCCGGGGACCCUGUUGCGGUGUGUGCAGAGAAUUGUGCAGAUGCGCUGCCACGCCGCCGUACACAGCAACAGUCAGAUUGGACGGCAGGCUUGUGAGGUGAUGUGCGAUGCAGUGCGUCAGAGGAUGCCCAAGUUGACGGAGUUCCUGCACGACUGCAGGCAGGCGCUGGACUCCUGCACACAAAGACACAGCAUUUUCUACCUCAACAAGGAGGCGCAUGCUGGAAGCGUUCGUCAACCGUUGUAUGGUUACGGCGACAGCAGCGUCAGUGGCAGACAGGCCAAGCUACAUUCAGGGACCUAUUGUCCGUCCUGUGGAAGUGUCGACUGGACCGUCAGUUCAAUACCAAACACCAAUCUUCUUCUCAUAAUGACAGCAAGACAACGUGGAAAGCCAACGAUUAACUGCAUUUGUGAAUGCCGUCGACGCUACCGAUACGGAGCCCAGUUGAAGAAUAUCCUUUUAUAG